GCCGACCACUGCAAAGUGUUGAGCGCGGGACAGACUGGCUUCAGCCCCACACCACUCACACCACUCUUCCUCUGUCCAAGAGAAGACCCCCAAACCUCUCCUGUGAGGCGCUCACACUCAUCCCGACCAAUAAUGUGAGAAUCAGUCGGAGAGGUCUGUCAGAUGUUAAAAGUCAUCGUCGCUUCAUUGUGCUUAAGUGCCGUCUGUUUUCAACACUGUCACACAGUUUCCAAUCAGGCUACAGUAGGCUAUCCACAAGGAUACCUGGUGUGAGAUGCGGCCAUGUCCCGAGGAAUAUGCCCACGCGUAACCUCUUGCGGACCCUUUUGGAUUUUGUCAGCGGUCAUAUUUGCGGUGAACGUGAUCGACGUGGACGCGUACAGCUGUCAUGAAGUGAGGACCGCUUUCCAGCUGCGGCAGGUCGGGCCGCUGCACCGCGUACCGGAGACACCUGGCACAGAUGUGGAUCUGUUGAUUUGUAAGCACCAUGGUCCAUCCUGCUGCACCCGGAAGAUGGAGGAGAGCUACCAGUUCGCUGUAAAACGAGAAACCCUCCACAACAUUCACUCCUACAGCUAUGAGCUUGAGCACCUCAUCUCAGGCCACUCGGACGCCUUCCAGGACAUGUUCCAGUACCUUCUAUCCUUCUCUCAGGGCCACCUGAGUUCUCUGUUGGAGGGAACCUACUCAUCCCUGUCCCGCAACGCCCUGCCCCAUGUAAACCAACUCUUCUCCUCGCUCUCCCUCUACCUCCGCGGUGCCAACGUCUCUGUGGAGGCGACAGUUCACCAAUUUUUCAACAAUCUCUUCCCCCUUGUCUACACACGGCUCAUCAAUCCAGGCAUUGAAGGCAGUGUGAUGGUGGGCAAGGAAAUGGCUGACUGUCUCCGUAUGAUCAGGCAGGAUGUCAACCCUUUUGGGCCUCAUGCAGCCAUCAUGGCCCAGGAACUGGCUGGGGCAAUGGGCGCCGGGCGACAACUGGGCCUCGCCCUAGAGGAAGGUCUGGAGGUGAUGAAUGCCACCGAACAUUUAAGCCUGAGCAGAGAGUGUGUGAAGGGCCUGGUGAAGAUGGUGUACUGCUCCCACUGCAGAGGCUUGACGCUGAUCAAACCCUGCGUGGGUUACUGUCUGAAUGUAAUGCGAGGCUGCUUGGCCAGCGUCUCAGAGCUGGAUCAGCCUUGGAGGAGGUAUACCAGCUUGCUGGAGCAACUUACUCACGCCAUGGCCGGGCACCACAGCCUGGAACUAGCACUGCUGGGGGUCAGGGGGCAUGUUGAUGAGGCCUUGCUCUAUGCACAGCUUCAUGGUCCACUCAUCACAGCCACAGUGGACAAGGUGUGUGGCCUGUCUACUGGGGAACCUACUGGCAUGCAGCCUACUAGUCCAGAGGUCACAACCUCUGUCGUGACCUCAUCUACUCCUCUUCCAUCUGCAGCUCCCUCCCAACCUCUACCAGAACAGUGGAUGGGGCAGCUAGCCAACUUGAGGAGCUCGUUCCCCCUGAAACCCUCCAAGAACAAUAAACAUAGUCUGAGAACGCUCUCUAGGGACUUCCUGAUGUACCUGCAGCGCUACAAAUCCUUCUUUGCAGCGUUGCCAGAGAUGCUGUGUGAGGGGGAGAAUGUAGUAGAUGACGCCACGUGCUGGAGCGGAGACGACGUGGUGGAGAGCUAUACUGGCAGAGUGGUAGGAAAUGGUCUACACGCCCAGAGGCAAAAUCCAGAGGUCAAGGUUCGCAGCCCAAACCCUACACUUGCUGAGGUCAAGGAGAGGAUGGAACGCUUCAACCAGGAGACCCAGGAGAGAUUUCCAAAACUGGGCCAGAUGGAGCCCUGGGAGGAGCUGGGCAGUGGGGAAAUAGAUGAGGGCAGCACCACAGAUUGUGAUGAUGAAGAUGGAUGUCAAGCCUCAGGAGAUGGUCCAGACAAGACCUCACAUACAGAUGUCUCCAGUGAAAGAAAGUCCAACGGGAGACAGCCUGGAGGUGACAGCCCAUAUGAGAGCCCUGUCAAGCCCCCCUCAGUGAGGGUGAUAGGGGGCUCUCCAUCUGCCAUCUGGGCGCAACCCUGGAGCCUCGCACUGCUUCUCGCUGCACUUUGCUUCCAGUGGACCCUGUUCUGAUGCCAGCACCCUCUGUGAAAUCGCCCUCACCUCCUGCCCCUUUAGGAGCCACAUACAUGCACAUUGACACUCAUACCAUAUACAUAUCUCACAUAAUAUCCUUACUCUUGUCCUACAACGUACAUGGAUGGAUGAUAAUGAUGGAAAUGGAAAGCUGGACAGGAUUCUGGAAGAGAAGAGGACAACGUUGUAGGAGACUGUAGACAGGGGGCUCUUGCAGGAACUUGGGGGUGAUCCCUUGCACACUCAUCUACAAAGAUUAGCCCUGCUGCUUCUAGGCUGCUCUGUAUACGAUAUGGGCUAGACAUGUGUGUAUACACACACCAGUACAGCCCUACCACUCUAUGCUUUACUCACAAAAACACGCCCUUUGUGGUUCACAACGGGACUGCAUCAUUCUGAUUUUUCUUAAAAACGCUUCCACAUUAACUGAUUUACAUAGACACUUUUUACAUAUACAAAUAUAGCCAUAUUCUUUUUCUGCUGCUUGUUUUUUUUUUUUUUUUUACUUAUCUUUUCAGGCUAGAACUUCAUCAUAACCACUGCACCAGUUGUCAGCCAGGCAGAAGUAUUCAGCUCAUUUGAAAACUCUACUCAUUUUCUUUUUGAGGAUUAAGGAAUGCAUGAUAGAUUGAUAAAUCAAUCCCAGGUGCCUGGCCCAGAACAGCAGAUUUGAUAUACUCUAAUGACUGUGUACCUCAGCACGGAUUAGAAUGUAAUGAGUUCCCAGGUAGAGCACCGGCACACUUGCACAGAUGAACACACUGUGCAGGCAAACUAGGUGUGUAUAGUAUGUAACUGUAUAUAGGUGGAAAGAUUUGAUGGCGUGUAUGAGGUUCUAAUUCAACAAAAGGCUCUUAACUGAUUUAGCUGAAUGCGUUCUUCUUUUCUUUUCCCUAUGCUAUGAAUGGACUGUGCUUGUCUGCUCCAUACAGCAUCGAAAACAAUGCAAAAAAAGAAAAGGAUUUCAUUUCUAUAACAAAUAAACCAGGAAUGAACACAAUUUUCCAACCCCAAGCCUAUGACAUAAAUGGACAAAUUUUGGACGUUUGAACAAAGUCUGUACAUUGUUGAUUUUACUAAUGUUUAUUGUGCAUCUAGUUUUGUGUGUUUGCUUGUUGAAUUGCACAUUAAUGCAUGUAUAACCUACCAAGUUAUCAAAAUUGUUGCGAUAGGAUCAGGCCUUUUGUUCAGCAAAGCAUCUAAAAAUACAUAUGUUUUAAAUCAUUUACCAUAAUAUCUCACUGAUGAAAUGUCAUCAGGUUUUAUUUUUUCUCUCUUAAAUGAUGCUUUGAAACUUACGAACAAGAGGACUUUGGGCUGCAGAUCCCACACAUGCUGAAUAAAAUAUCAUUUAACACACAAAAAAACAACACAUAGAGCAAGUUUUACGAUAUUGGAUGCAUCAAUAGUUUGAUCCAGUACAGUGGUAGCCAUUGUGUAAGCCAAUCUUAAUGGAUUUAUCAUGUAUUUGUUGAAAAAACAUGUUUUUUUUUCUCUGUAACAUUUCUUGGGAGAACCAAAUAAGCUCUAAUGUCUCUCCACCCACUCUUAAGCAGACCAUUCCUUGAAAAUCCAACAGAUAAUUAUGUUUUAAAUAAUUCCUCAUGUGGAUGAAGCAAAGUGAAGCAAUAGCUGAACAAACAAACUGUGUGGCUUUUACAAUGGCUUCCUCUGUACACCUGAUUGCUUUCUUGUGUAGAUGGUGUAUUGGUGGUACAGCAGAUAGUACCUGUGUGAAUGAUGAUAAUGAAUGUAUGUAUGGUCAAUGCUAUGCAGAUACAGUAUUAAAGCUGAAAAUGCCUAAAAGCUACACAGAUACAGUAUCUAAGCUAAAAUAGGUCUGUACACUCACAGGCUGAUAUGGGUCUAUGAGCAGUGAUAUACCUCUACCAUUAACAAGCCUUUAAUGUAAACAACUUUUUCUCUCCCUACUGACAAGUGAUUGACCAUUAGCUCUCCAUAACACUGGAAGAUGGAUGACCAGUCUAGUUAAACCACAUGCAAGUACAUCCUGCAGUUAAUGAAGAAGGGAGAUCUCUAUAUUCAUAUAAUGUAUUGGCAGUUUAAAUGUGUCGCAUUUUGUUUUGUAACCAUUAUUUGUUUUCAUAUGAUUUCCUCCAUGUAUGUGUUUUUUCCUGACUGGCGUUCAUUGCACCCACAGAUCACUUACUGCUCUAUACCCUCGCAUGUGUAUAAAUGUACAUAUUUUAAGUCA